UCGAGAGUUUUGACAGCUCCGGCCGAGGAGAAGGAGCAGGUGUCGCGAGAGUGGGCAGCGCGCCGCCUAGUGAGGGCUGUCAUUAUGGCGAACCUGGGAAGCGAGGCCGAGCAGGAGCCCCUCCUGGGCUCCGGAUCACCCGGAAGCAGAGAAUGGGGCAUGAUAGAAACCCAAGAGCAUUACAAGAGUAGAUGGAAGUCUGUGAGGAUUCUCUACCUUACUAUGUUCCUCAGCAGUGUGGGGUUUUCUAUUGUGAUAAUGUCCAUCUGGCCAUAUCUUCAAAAGAUUGAUCAGACAGCUGAUGCAAGUUUUUUGGGCUGGGUUAUUGCUUCAUAUAGUCUUGGCCAAAUGGUAGCUUCACCUCUAUUUGGCUUAUGGUCUAAUUAUAGGCCGAGAAAAGAACCUCUUAUCGUCUCCAUCUCUAUUUCGGUGGCAGCCAACUGCCUGUAUGCGUAUGUCCACGUGCCAGCUGCUCAUAAUAAGUACUAUAUGUUGAUUGCUCGUGGAUUGGUGGGAUUUGGAGCAGGAAAUGUUGCCGUUGUCAGAUCAUACAUUGCUGGUGCUACUUCCCUUCAGGAAAGAACAAAUGCCAUGGCCAAUACGAGCACAUGCCAAGCCCUGGGCUUUAUUCUAGGUCCAGUUUUUCAGACUUGCUUUGCACUCAUUGGAGAAAAAGGUGUGACCUGGGACAUCAUCAGGCUGCAGGUCAACAUGUACACGGCCCCAGUCUUACUUGCAGCCUUCCUGGGAAUUCUAAACAUCAUUCUGAUUCUUUUUAUAUUAAGAGAGCAUCGUGUGGAUGACUUGGGACGUCAGUGUAAGAGUAUAAAUUUUCGAGAAGAAAAUACAGAUGGACUUCAGAUUCCUGAGGGAAGUAUUGAUCAAGUUGCUGUUGUGGCUACCAAUAUUGUAUUUUUUGUGGUUUUGUUUAUCUUUGCCGUUUAUGAAACAAUCCUCACUCCACUAACGAUGGACAUGUACGCCUGGACCCAGGAGCAGGCUGUGCUCUACAAUGGAAUAAUCCUUGUUGCUUUCGGCAUUGAGGCAGUUCUUGUUUUCAUGGCCGUUAAAUUACUUUCCAAAAAAACUGGUGAGCGAGCCAUUCUCCUGGGAGGAUUCGUGGCUGUGUGGGUUGGCUUCUUCAUCUUGUUACCCUGGGGAAAUCAGCUUCCCAAGAUACAGUGGGAAGAUUUACACAACAGCUCAACCCCGAAUACUACAUUUGGGGAAAUUAUUAUUGAUCUUUGGAAUUCUCCAAGAGAAGAUCACAGUGAACAGCCAACUGGGUGCCCAAUUGAACAGGCCUGGUGCCUGUAUACCCCAGUGAUUCAUCUGGCCCAGUUCCUGACAGCUGCUGUGCUGGUUGGACUAGGCUAUCCAGCCUGCAAUGUCAUGUCCUAUACAUUAUACUCAAAAGUUCUAGGACCCAAACCUCAGGGUAUAUACAUGGGCUGGCUGACCACUUCUGGCAGUGCGGCCCGCAUUCUUGGGCCUGUGUUCAUCAGCCACGUGUACACUUACUUGGGCCCACGGUGGGCAGUGAGCCUCGUGUGUGGAAUCAUAGUGCUCACCAUCUUGCUAAUAGGAGCCGUUUACAAAAGACUUGUUGCCUUUUCUGUCAGAUACGGGAGGAUCCAGGAGUAAGUUAGUGUAGUCUGGAUAUUUGCUGCCUAUUGUCUUCAACUCAACUCUGAAUGACGUGACUCUGAAUGGUAGGAUGUGUAACAACAUUCUGGGUCAUAUCUCCUUAUCAAAGGUGAGCUGCUUUCGUAUCAUACCUUCCUGGAGUCUCAUGAAUUCAACAGUGAAUGGAUAAUGGUCAGCAGGUGUGAAGCUACACUUGAUGUGAGCUGUAGGGCUGUCUAAAGCCGUGGAACUGGGCAAAGUUCUGUACUAAUUAACCAGAAUACAACAUUUAGUUAAAAAAAAAGAAACAUUUUUAAACUAAACAUUUUUUCACUGUUUUUUUUUUAAAUAAAAAUGCACUAUUAUUCAGUUUCCUAAUGAAAUAAAACUGAGCCUUAAAGCGUGAACCCCGCCCUCCCUCUCCACCUUACACUAUACACCCUUCUGAAGCUGUCCGCACUAAAGGAUGGCAGGCAGCACUUUGCUCCAGUCAUUUUCUGUUUUGUCAGGCCCUGGACAUCCUUUUACCUGCUUUUCUGUAUUUCCUGUCAUCUUUUGGGUCACUGCUGACCUUAAAUUCCACCUCUGUGUGGUAUGCCCAGAGACAAAAUAAUGAUAACUCGUGAGAAAGAGAGCACUCCGACGUUCCUGUGUAACACACAGUGCUUUCUCACAGCAAGCUUAGAGCUGAAGGAAGAUCCUGGUCUAUGAUACACAUGAAGUAAACAAGUCACUUGUCUUCAGAGGCUACCUCGUUACUGUUUCACAUUCUCAGAACAGGGAAACUGACCUGAACACUACCAGUUGCUUAACUGUGAGGAACCAUUUCCAGUUUGUGACUCAGAUUUGCAGAAAUAUUUGGGAAAAAAAUUAAAAGUGCACUGAGUGAAGAAGCCUUUAUCUUAGCAUACAUGUUCCCUGCAAGAACAUGACAGACAUUUCCCAGCCCUAGAAUUCUAAUACCGCAAUUCAGAAAACUACAACCCAGCAAAAUGACUGCACCUUCUUUUUUACUGAGGUACUCACAUCCUGGGAGAGUAGACUAACAUCACCUGGUCACCAAAGUGAGGGCAGUGAGAGGUCAGGGGAAGGAGUUGGGAGGUAAAGACGAUCACUAUUGAAUACUAAGGGAGUGAAAAGGGGGAAAUGGUUUUAUUUUUGAAAAUCUAGCAAAGGAUUAUUUUCUUAUUUUGAAUGUACUGUCAUUUCAUAAAGCAUUUCUAGCCAUUUCGCUUCUCUAUUUAAAACAAGCUCUUGUAUGAAAAUGAAAUAAACUUGUGAAUUUUUAAUUUAAUGAAGAUAAACUAUUUCGAUCUGACUACCAUUUAUUGUUGAAGGUUUAUUUGUAACUUUAUUACAUUGUGAGUAUUCAUUUUAAAUAAAGCAAAACUGUAAGGAUUUUU